ACUCCACGAAACAAACGCCAUCCUUAUCAGCUAUUCCUCUCACUCUCCAAGUUGAGAAUUAUAAAUCUAUCGUAUUUCACCAAGUUAUCUUUUCAUCCCCGCGCCCCUCAGUCCUGAUUUCUCUUGUGACUGUGUCGUCCGUGGGAUAAUUGCAAUCAAGGCCGAACCACCCCACUUUUGCACUCUGCUUUAUAAUCAGUUGUUGACGUUGACUACAUAACCAACACCAACCCCCGUCAGCUCAUCUUCUUGUUUUCUCCAACUAUCUCUAUAGAUUGGACCUUAACUCUCAAUAUGCCCAUCACCCACAUCGUCCUUUUCCAGCUUAAAGCCGGCCUUAGCGCCGAGGUCGUCAACGACGUCUGUACACGCAUGUUGGGCCUCAAGGAUAACUGCAUCCAUCCAACUUCUCAAAAGCCGUAUAUCGUGUCUUCCUCGGGUGGGAUAGAUAACUCGCCCGAGGGGCUUCAGGGAGGCAUAACUCACGCUUUUGUCGUAGAAUUUGCCAAUACUGAGGAUCGUGACUAUUAUGUUGAGAAGGAUCCGGCGCAUUUGGCCUUUGUUGGCUCUCUAAAGGGUAUUGUAGAGAAGGCGCAGGUUAUUGAUUACACUCCUGGUGUAUUUUAAGCAUUGAGGCAAAUUCACUGGGUAGUUUAAGAAAAGGGGAAAAAAAAAAGACUUAAACUGAAGUGAAGUUUAUCUUUCCUUCUUCCUCAAAUAAAAGGCUCAUCUUUCACCUUAACACCUGAC